AUAUAGUGUAGUACAAGCUUACGAAUUCCAUUCUACAUUGAGCUGACGUUGAGAUCAAGGCUUCAGAACAAGAAACAUGACAUUUGUGUCAUGGGUCGUAGGGAGAAAAGGAGAAUAAACGCCAUACCAAUUUGACUAAGAGUAAGAACGAGAAGAUGGAGAGGGAGUACUCUAACAACCGGAGGAGGACAUAGAUCCAAUGACGAACGAAAGGGGACAUCGAUUUCAGGGGGUUACCUCCACUAUCGGCGAAGGCACAACAGGAGGCGCCAUUUUGUAGUUUUGCACUCGACUUUAAACCCCACCUUGACACCCAGCGGGAUUCAUCUUUCAAUUAAUCGGACGCCAACAUUCUAUUGGGGGAUUGCGCCGAGGACGUAAGAAUUGUGAAGGGACGAAGUUAUGAAUCGCGACCGAGAGCCGUCAAGUCUGGCGGGGAGGAGCAACAGAGGCAGAAAUCAAGGAGAGGGACUUCCGAUUUCGUAUUCCGAUCCCUUUGUCUGAAGGAAAAUGGAUGGACUUCAGUUUUUUUAUCAAUAAAAGAGGGUAGAUGGAUACCAUCGAUGUUCAUGGAGACGAUGAAGUGAACAGAAAGAGGUAGAUAUCAGUGAAGAGGCAUAAGAUUAGGAGUCGAAUGGAAACGAUGGAUCACGGAUCUGUGAUAGGAGGUUGUUUCAGACAAUGUUGCUCGGGAGUCCGUAUCCCAUCCAUCGAAGAAUUUUCUAAAGAUGACGGAUACUCUGCGUUUUGGUGAGUUUACCGUAAACAAUUCUUUGGACACAAAAUUAUAUUUGGGGCUUCGCCUGAUCAAGACAAACUAUUUGGGCCUUUUGAGUUUUAUAGCCCAUCAAUAUCUAUCUUAAUAUUAGCCUACUUGAACCAUUCCAAUCCUUUCAUUUUUCCUUGGAAGGCAGCAGGCAUCCUCGCCGCUUCUCUGUUUCCCAGAAAGGACGAACACAAAGGGGGUUUCUCCAAAGUACUUGAAUCCGCCGACCAGAACGUGGGUAGCCUUUCCCUUCGAUUCGGAGAUCAUGGUGAGGGUUAUAACGGAUCUCUUUGACUACUAUCUAAUAUCCGAACGUGGACAUCAUGGGACGGGAAGCAUCGACGAAAAGGUAGCUCUCCACCUGUCAGGCGAUUGCGUUCACUUCAAGCGGUGAGUUGUGAACUCUAAACCUCAAAUUACCAAGUUGUGUGAAUAUAAAGCUUACUUCGAGCCUCCCUCUGUCUGUGAAGAAGGCACUCCCAGCAAUGGAUCAAAGUGUUUCGAUUUCUCAACUCACCACUGAAGAAAAUCGGACUUGGGUUUUGCUGGAUGCAAAGGUAUUUACGAGCUUCGGUACACAGCUUUAUGUAUGACAUGUUCCAACCUCAAUUUUGUAACGUUAGUUUGUGGACGUGGUCACAGGGAGAUGCCAUUUGGGUUCAAGUACCCCGGAACUUGAUCAAGAGAUUUGAUUCGAAGAUUAAAGAACAAGAAGUGAGUCAAUUAACUGACAACAAGAAGUAUCGUCCUGCUAAGAAUCCAUUGUGCAUUGAGUUUCAACCAGGGACAACCAUUUGCCCCACGGACAUUACACAGCCCAUCCCUCGCCACAUCUUCAGAUUCAUCGAGCAUUCUGACAUACCCAAGAACAUCAACAACAGAUUGGUUUUGCUUGGUAAUUAAUGUUUCCGUUUGUAGUACCGGUGUUUUCAAUGUUCAAUUACUAACUUAUGAGAUACCCACCUCUAUCCCAUGAUGUAGAUGUUGUUGGGCUGGUGAAGGUAUGUUUGGCUCCUAUUACCACGACUAAUCUGAGAGGGAGGUCUACUCGCAAGGAAAUUAAGAUCAUGUUGCUUGAGUACUGUUCUAAACUUAAAAAUUCCAACUUAAAAGUUUGUUUGCAUCUUCUUUAUUAUUAUACUGACUAAUGGUUAACAACAAAAAUCUUAGGGGAGUUAUGGUGACUUUAGUAAUUUGGGGACGACUUAUCACUCAACUAGAUGAAGUCAUCUUGGCGGCCGGUACCGGGCCAACCAUUUUGGUUAUUUCUUCUGUGUUUGUUACAAAGUACAAUGGUAAGUUCAACUGAACUAUCUUUUACCGUAGUAAUAAGUGGAUGCUUAACUUCGUAGUCCUCCAAUUCGAUUUUAUCAUGUGAGGUGAAAUUAUCAUCGUCAAGUGCGACCAAAUUUCCAGCAAAGGUAUUAUUGAUCGAGUUUGUUUGUUCAUACACAUAACAUAACAGAAGCAUAGUUCAAAUAAAUACAUAUGCAUUUACUAAUUGUUCAGUUGUGGUGCAAGGAAUCAUGAAUUAAGUUCUCCACGGUUUCUUGAACGAGAAGUUGAUCCCCCACCAAUUUUCAUAGGAGAUUUGAUGAGCCUGCUUAGCAACUCUGCCAAUAAGGUAAUGUAGACCGGUGUUUCUUUAAGUUUUUUUAUCAAGGACAGAGCAUGUUAUAUCCAUGCCCAAAAAUAUUUAUGCUUAAUUAUUAUAAAGCAGACCUGUUGAUUUUAGUUGUUUGUUUGUCAUCACAGAAUAAGGUGUUCACUAUUAGCGGCAACGUUUGUGAAGCCAUGCACAACUGGUACUAUGAUGGUUGUGCGAAAUGCUCCUCCAAAUUGCGUGCUGGAGUGGAUCAUUUCUACUGUGACAAGUGUAAUGUACGCUCAAUUCAAUCAGUGAAAAGGUUUGUGUAAGUUGCAUGCUUCUUAUGAAUUCCUUACUACUUCAUGUUAUUGGUCAUAUUGAGAAAAAUCUAUUUAGUCAACGCUAUAACAUAUUUACGAUUAUAAUAUCAUCUACUUAUCCAUUGCAGGUUUCGGUUUGAGCUGUCUGUGAUAGACUCAUCUGCCGAAGCACUUUUUGUUGUGCUGGAUCAUGCAGCCGGUAAUUUUUUUGAUGAGACGGCUGAAGAACUUUACACAUCGAACGAUCAACAACCUACUGGGGUUCCAUCUGUUAUUCAUAACUUUCAAGGGCUAGAUGUCACAUUACAAGUCAAACUCAAUUCAUACACUUUCAAAAAUCCAUGACAUGGAUUUAGUGUCGUGAAGAUUGUUGAGCCUAAAGGGGUACAUCAGCUACGCACUAAAACGUCUAAACCUGGUCAGGUAUGUGCUUCCAUUUAUAAACUUUCUUGCUUUGGAUGAAACGAUGGGAAUGGAUGUCGUAGUGAUGCUUAAUUUCCAGCUAAUGGAAUGCCAUUUGCAUGCUGAACUCUGAACUAUUUUGAUGAUUGAAGAAGCAAGCCUAUGAAUAAUGAUGAUUCAUUUUCCUGCGGUUGUCUCUGAUUGGGCUAUGAGUGAAAGUCCUGUUUUUUUCACAACUAAAGUUACAACCUGUGUUGUACCUUAUGCGGAUCAUGUUGCUAAGUGGUGUUUUGGCCUGUUGCAUCAGUAUAGAACAUGAUUACCUAUGAACGUUGGACUCCCCAAUUUGCUUGCUAUGCAUAAUCAUGCUUUUUUGGUAUUGUUGUUAACUAAAUACGAACUGAACCUUAACCUCAAAAUGUGCCUCCACCUUCUGUCACAAAUUUAAUUAGCUGCAUUUUGUCUCAGCACUCUAAGGAAGGAAAUAAGUCUUCACCUUCACCCAUCACUGUCGUGGGACAACAAUCUAACGGAGAAUCCAUUCUGGAUACCACAAUUGCAGCCGGGCAUGUACAGGAAGGAGAUGGUAGCCUUGAUGGUGGUGUUUGUAUGCCUCUGAAGAGGAAGUUAAUUAAGGAGGAGUAGGUUGCAUCAGUCAUAUGGAUGGAAUAGCUUAUAGCUACUAUUAAUUUUCUUUAUUUUAAGUUUUAUGUUGUGGAUGACCCAUCUUUGCCACAUAAAUAUUUGAACUUUGUUUUACUCAAACUAUGUUGAGCCUAUUUUGAAUUUGCAGUGCUUUCUUCAUGACAAAUAUAUAUUUGAAGUCUCAUUAUUGUCCAUUCUAUGCAUGUGCAUUGAGUUUCCUAGAAUCUAAAUCAUCAAUAUGAAUUCCUUUAAGAUUGGCAUGCUUUGUUUUCUAUCCAAACUUGACAUAAAGCUAUUGAGAAUGAGUUUUUCACACCAUCUUUAAGUUAGAGUCGUCGUAGAAACAUUCUUUUCAUUUACUACAUCGUACUUCUUAGGUCAACAUAUCGUAUUUUAAUUUUCUCCGGCCAACGGGCCGGGCAACAAGCUAGUGUCUUAUAUGUGCUUGUGAGGCGUGCAUGCAUGGGUUCUAAAAGAAGGUGGUUAGAAAGUUAUGAAUCCAAUUUUAUUAAUUUGGAUAAGUCAAUGAUAAGCAUGUUAGUUAAAUGUAAUGGAUAAUUAGUUACCAGAAGAUAAGAUGUUAGCUUGCAUAUUCGUAUAUUAAAUAUGUUUGUGAGUGUUGUGAAAGGGAAUAACGUGUACUGGGGGGUCAAAGAAUCCUCUAAUGUGAGAUAUGAGUACACUUUCGAUAAUUAUAAUAUAAUUGUUAUCUUAAUCGUGAUUAAGGAAAGCAUGAGCUCUUUUACUGAAUCUUUUAUACAUCACUUUUCAAAGGAAAAGCGGAGCAGGGAAUCAUUUAAGCGAAACAGAAUAGCUUAAUACCAAUUUUAUUGUGAGUUAAUUCUAACCUUAUGUUUAUCUUAAUACAAUUAUGGUAUUUGGGUCAUGAAGUGGUACGAGUACAAGGUAUAUGAUGGCUUGGUAAGACUUAACGCAAAUGUGAUUGAAGGUUGCUAUGUGGCAUGGUUACAUGAUUGAAUGAUUCUAUGAUUGGAUGAGGUUACCGUAUCGUGGUAAUUGUAUGAUAAUGUGAUGAUAUGAUGAAAUGAUUGUAUGAUGGUAUGAAGAAGGUCAUAAUAAAUGUUAUGUGUGUUCUAAAAAAUAUUAUGUGAUGAGUAUAUGAUAUGUUAAAUGCCAUUUGAGGCUAUUAAGUGAAAAGAAUGGCAAGAAAGGUUGCCUAUUGUCAAUUAUACGAGAUGAGAUAAAAAUGGCCUAUGAGUUAUACAAGUGAAUGCUAUAUGAAAUGGCCCUUGCGGAACAUAAGUGAUAUAUCGAAUUGUGACUAACUAUAAGAUUUUGUAUGGUCACCUAAAGCAAACGUAACGGCGCCCUGUCAUGCACUCAUUAUAAGUGAAAAGAGGCUUCAAGCCUAAGAGAAAAAAGAGUUAUACGAGAAAUCAUUUUAAGGAGUAAUGUCAGGCCUGACCCCUCAAGUUUAAGAGUUCAUGAGAUAUGGAACUCAGUGCCCACGAGUUUAUGAGAUUUGCCACUUUGUGCCUACGAGAAUACGAGUUCAUGAGAUCCCGGGGAGUGCAUGACUUGGCAAAUUAAAGAAUAAAAGCUACUGAAUCCAACUAACUAUAUGUAUGUGUGUGAUUGGAUGUUGAUACAUGGGUGAUUUUGGUUGCAACAUGAGUACUUAAAUGUCAAUCUUAAUAUUUUUCAUAUUGGUGUGAUAUGUGAUAGAGAUGGCAAACCUUCGUAUUUGCCAUAGUUUAUAUAUAGAAUGUGAACCCCUACACGAAAUAUGAAAUAUGUGAAGGUCGAUGUGUUUUAUAUGUGAUAUCAGGUUAUAUGAUGUAUAUUUUGUGAUAAUCUUUCAUGACGAGUGGUACAAUGAUUAAUAGGGAAACUAUUCUACAAGCAGUGAUGAUAUGUUGAUUUAAUUAUGAUACUUCCACGAUAUGUUGAUGUGUAUAAAGUUAUGUGUCUAUAAUACAUUCCAUAAUGCGCUGUUGCUAGAAGUGUAAGGAUAUGAUGGAAAACUCUGUAUGGUGUAUAAGAAUAAAUAUGAACUAUUUGCAACACCAGGUGAGGUAAAGUAGGGGCAGCUUAGAGUCGGGUCGGCUUAGGGUCAGGUAAGGAUUAGGUAGGGUUGGGUCAAUUUAGGGUAGGGUCACUUUUUGACCCUAUGACCCUUAUCAUCAUACCAACACGUUGGAACUAUUUGUAAAAUUCAAAAGUUUAGAUACUAAAUUGUAAAAAAAAACUUUGAUACUAAAACAUAAUUUUACCAUCAAAUUUUUGGGACUUAUUUUUAAGAAAAAUUAAAAUUAGGUACUAAAAUGUAAGAAAAAAUAAAUUUGGGU